AGAUGAUUACUGCAAUCAGCUCAGUGAUCAGAACCCAGACACCGUCGUACUUAGGCCGGAAAGCUUCUCAGGUCGGAUUCAUCAGGCAGGCCAGAACAAUUGUGUCGAGUGAUCCAGGUAGUAAACACAACAUGGACAAGGCAGAGAAUCCAAACCAGAAAACUGCGACUGGGGACGUGAUGUCUCAUUCAUUUGGGGAGGGGUAUGCAACUCGAUCCGAUGAAGAAGGAUUUGGAGGGAUAUAUAGCGAUAACCAAAGGCUUCCUAACAAAGUUGAGCAGGACCAGAUGAUCCAUGCGAACAAUCCUGCUUAUGACAAGACUCAGGGAAGUGAAGUCAAGGAGAAGGAGAAAGCUCGGCACCAACCCAAAGCAAACUGAAGCUAGCUAUGGAGUACAAGGGAAGCCAUGCUUGGAUUCAGUUAGCUAGUUUUUGUAUUUUUAUUUCUCAUUUCAUUUUUGGAGUCCUUGAGUUACUAGGAUAAUAUGAUCCUUGUAAGAGGACAGUGAAGUACGUUAUGCCACCGGUCAUCACCAUGUCAUUGCUUAUAUUUUU